AUGGGUUUUCUGACCAUACAACCCAAAUCCUCCCACAUAUUGAGUGGAGAGUCUGUCACUCUCAGAUGUAACAUACAGAGGGGAGAAGUCACUGACUGGAAAUACACAUGGCGCAAGGAUGAUGUAGAAUCAAUCAGUAGGAAGCAUGAAUAUGAGAUCAGUGAGGUUAAGAUUUCAGACAGUGGUGACUACAGUUAUCUGGGUACACAUAUUGAUCAGAAGAAAGAUUCUAAGUGGAGUGAUGCAGUCAGACUGACGGUGACAGCUCUGCCUACAGCCUCAGUGAAGAUAGUCACUACCCAGGAGACACUGUACUCUGGAGACACAGUCAAGCUGCAGUGUGAACUUUCAGACUACACAGACUGGACUUACCACUGGUUAAUAAAUAAAGAAGGGCCUUCCAGGCAGACCAGUAAAACCACCACCAUCUAUCUCUCUGAUCAGGCUGGUCAGUACCAUUGUGAGGGGACAAGGACAAGACGGACCCAAAAUUCAUAUCUCAGCUCAUCUCUCCACAUCAACAUCACUGCUCUUCCUGAAACUACACUGACCGUGAAUCCAAAUCCUGCAUACACUGGAGAGACAGUAACUCUGACGUGUUCAGUGGGGUCUGACAGUGGCUGGAGCUAUACAUGGUACAAAGACAACACUAAGAAAGUAGUGACCUUGUCUGGCAGACACACUACAACAGGAGCCACCUUCACCAUAAGUAGAGCUGCUGAGUCUGACCAGGGUCUCUGCUGGUGUCAGGGAGAGAUCCAGUCCAGAUCCGUAUCAUCAAUCAUCAGUGAUCCUGUCACUAUCACUGUGAAAGAGAGACCUGUGGCUGUUCUGACCCUCCAACCCAACUGGCCCCAGAUAUUCAGUGGAGAGACUGUCACUCUCAGAUGUGACAUACAGGGGGGGAGAUUGAGUAUUAUUUUUCUAACAGUGAGAAGUCAGUCUACUCCAAAACAGAGCCUGAGUACAGAAUCAGUCCUGCAAAGAAUGGUCUAUAUACCUGUGAAGGUCUUCAGAAAAUAAAUGGCUUAAAACACUCCCAGACAAGUAAUGCUAUACAAUUGACCGUGUUAGGUAAGUCUGUUUUUAUGGGAUUGAAAGAGAAAGACAGAAGGGAUGAGGUCAAAUAGCAGACAGUGAGAUCAAUGAUGGAACAAAACUAUAGUUUGAUUUUGGGGUACAAUACCAUUAUAGAAAAUAACGUAACUGCCCCAUGAGCAAAGUUCAAAAGUCGUACCCCAUCAGCUGAAGACCAUUGAGAUUUUCGGAAUUACUUUUUGGGGAAGAUUGUGCCUGAAGAGAACAGUUCUUCUCAGUUUUAUGAUGUCAUAUACUCUGCAGGAGUUCUGAGGAGCUAGUAACCUACGUAUGAAUGACUACCUGUUCUCCCAUAUUGCCUCCUCAUCCUACAGACAGGACAUAACGAUUAGUGACAUUAGUUGUGUAUGACUCUUACCGCUAUUUUCAGUGUCCCUGCAUGGUCUGGAAGGUCACUGUUCCAGUUAGAGGGUUCCUGUGUCUAUGUGUUUAUGUCUAUGUGGUCAGACAGACAGCCGGCAGCCAGGUCAUUAUCACUGGUCCUGAUAUUAUAAAACAGGUCGCCAUGGAGACCACAAGUCACAGGAAGUGACAUCAC